AUGUCUGCACUACGAUGGAAUGCUCUCAGGCGUUACGGAACCACUUCCUCACAACAUCUUCCCCUUUCAGGGAUCCGCGUUUUGGAAAUGGGACAGUUGAUCGCAGGGCCAUUUGCCGGACAGCUGCUCGGACAAUUUGGCGCCGAAGUCAUUAAAGUAGAACCACCCGGUCUCGGUGAUCCUCUUCGUGUCUGGCGCGAGUUGGAUGCAGACGGUACUGGCCCGUGGUUUCGGAGUAUUGGCCGAAACAAGAAAAGUGUAGCUAUUGACUUACGGAAAGCCGAAGGCAGAGAACUGGCCAAGCAACUAGCCAUCAAGAGUGACGUGCUUUUGGAGAACUUUAAGCCGGGGACCCUAGAGAAGUGGGGUCUGAGUCCAGAGUUUCUGCAUCCGCACAAUCCUUCAUUAAUCUUUACCCGCGUGAGUGGUUAUGGCCAGACAGGACCGUGGUCACCCCGUCCUGGAUAUGCUGCUGUCUGUGAAGCAGAGUCGGGUUUUCGCUAUAUAAAUGGAAUUCCCGACCCUGAGACUGGAGGCCUCACCGGUCCACCUGUGCGACCAAACAUGAGUCUAGGUGAUUCUGUUGCAGGACUUCAUGCUGCAUUCGGAACUGUGUUAGCUUUGUUGUCGAGGCAGGCUAAGAUUCAACGAGGUGAGAAAGGCGGUUCAACCGUCGACGUGAGUAUUCUAGAAAGUAUGCUGAACCUCACGGAGGGAAUAAUACCGGAGUAUGAUCGCAAAGGAAAGAUUCGCGGACCAUCAGGCACCUCCGUCACAGGAAUCGUACCCACAAAUGCCUAUCCCUGUCUACCCGAACCAGGAUCGUCCACACCAACAUUCAUCGUCAUCGGAGCGAAUGGAGAUACCAUAUACAACCGACUCAUGACCGCCAUCGGACGCACCGACCUGAUUGGCCCCAACUAUGCGCAGAACCAACAUCGCGUUCAGCGACAGACCGAAAUCGAGGGAGCCAUCUCUGAUUGGACGAGUCAAAAGACGGUCGGGGAGGUUAUAGAGUCUAUGAAUGCAGCUGGUGUCCCUGUGGGGCGGGUAGUGAACGUGAAGGAUAUCGUGGAGAAUGAGCAUAAUCAAGCACGGGGCGCUAUCCAGGAUGUCUGGGUGGAUGGUAAGGAUGGGGAGGGGUGGAAUGUGAAGAUGCCGGGAACUUUUCCCCGGAUUGAAGGUUUUGAUUUCACCCCGCGUUGGGCUGGUCCUGAUUUGGGCGAGCAUACGGAUGUUGUGUUGGAGGAGAUGCUGGGAUUGGGGAAGGAGGAUGUGGAGAAAUUACGCGGAGAUGGUAUAAUAGGUUGA